UUUUUCAUAAGGUUUUCAGGACAAUAAUAUUUCAUUAUAUUGCAAAAGAGUGGGGAGAGAGGGAGAAAGGAGGUGGGGAGAAAAACAGAGAGAACAGGGGAUGGCGGGCGGAUUUCUGCCGGCCGUUGGCGCCGUUCGAGAAGAUUUCGGCGGGAAGCUCACCGUCUCCGUCUACAUCACGUGCAUAGUCGCGGCCAGCUGCGGCCUCAUCUUCGGCUAUGACAUCGGCAUCUCAGGGGGCGUGACGACAAUGGAGCCGUUCUUGAGGAGGUUUUUUCCUUCCGUGCUGAGGAAGAUGCGCCAGUCCAAGCAAAACGAAUACUGCAUGUAUGACAGCCAGCUCCUCACUUCCUUCACCUCCUCCCUCUACAUAGCCGGCCUGAUCGGUUCGCUGGGAGCCAGCCGAGUCACUCGGGCGCUCGGGCGCAGAGCCAGUAUGCUGCUCGGUGGCGCAACCUUCCUCACCGGCGCCACCAUUAACGGCGCCGCGGUCAAUGUGGUCAUGCUCAUAGUCGGUCGCAUCCUGCUUGGUAUCGGAGUCGGCUUCACGAACCAGGCCACCCCACUUUAUCUCGCCGAGACGGCGCCACCAAAAUGGCGCGGCGCGUUCAUUUCCGGCUUCCAGCUCUUCUUAGGCAUCGGUGUGGCGGCUGCUAACCUGAUCAACUAUGGCACGGCUAAGAUCCAUGGCUGGGGCUGGCGGCUCUCGCUUGGCCUCGCCGCUGUCCCGGCGUUAAUCAUGACCACCGGGACGCUGCUCGUGCCGGAUACCGCAAGCAGCCUUAUACAGCGGGGCAAAAUUGAUGAAGCAAGGCGAGCCUUGCAGCGGGUCCGUGGAUCUGGAGCCGAUGUUGAAGCCGAGCUGCAAUGCCUAACUGAAGAAACUAUGAAGUCCGAAGCCGUGGAAAAGCCAUUCAGGGACAUAUUCAAGCGCCGGUACCGGCCUCAAUUGGUGAUGUCCAUCGCCAUCCCUUUAUUCCAGCAGCUCACCGGCAUCAAUGUCGUCGCAUUUUAUGCACCGGUUCUAUUUCGGAGUGUUGGCUUUGGAAGCGACUCGUCGCUCAUGGCUGCGGUCAUACUCUGCUUGGUCAAUUUGGGCUCCAUCCUUGUGUCCACUUACAUCGUUGAUCGGUAUGGCCGAAAAGUUUUGUUUAUGGAGGGCGGCGUUCAGAUGAUCCUCUUCUUGACAGCAGUUGCUUGUGUGCUUGGUGUAAAGAUAGGGAGCUCAGGAACAAGCCCACUGUCAAAGGGCGACGCGGUGCUGGUGCUGGUGCUCAUGUGCGCGUACGCAGCCGGGUUUGGGUGGUCUUGGGGGCCCCUGUGUUGGUUGAUCCCAAGCGAGAUCUUCCCGCUGGAGAUACGCCCCGCCGGUCAAAGCAUAAGCAUUGCCGCUAACUUCGCGGUGACCUUCGUGCUCGCUCAGUUCUUCCUAUCCAUGCUCUGCCAUUUCAAGUACGGAAUCUUCCUGUUCUACGCCGGAUUUAUCGCCAUCAUGACCGUUUUUGUUGCCGUCUUCCUGCCGGAGACCAAGGGAGUGCCACUAGAGGCCAUGGACAGAGUCUGGGAGAAGCAUUGGUACUGGAGAAGAUUUGUGGUAUUGGAAAGGACAGCACCAAAAAUGAAUGGAUACUCCAACAGUAUUUGAUGCAUGCAGGUUAUUAUGUCUUUCUUGUUCACUCUCUUGUAUAUUUUCAAAUGGUCCUAGCAAGGUCUCUGUCUAUUAUGUUUAUAAGUUGUCAAAUCUUAAAAUAUUUUGGUGAGCAAGAGGCUGGGAUCCUAAAUUGCGUCCGAUCCUGGGUAAGGUACGAUAUGUUCUAGUAAUUGAAUACGUGACAUGCUAUUAAUACUUCUGCCUA